AUGUCUGCCGAGGCUCUGAAGACAGCGCCAUCCUGGCUCACCCACCCCGCUACGCCACCGGUCGUCAUCAAGCCCGUGCCCGCGACGGUGAGCACGGUCAAGCCCUGCUGGCUCUGCGGACGCAACGACGGCCUUAUCUUGCCUUGCAUGGGCUGCUUGAUUUCCGUGCACGCCGAGUGCAUUGGCGGACACCAGCUCUGUGGCAGUUGCCGCAUCACGCAAGCCGCGCCAGCCUUUGAUCCUGUCGCGACCAACGACCCGACGACCGCAGCGAUGGUCCGGGGUAUCGCGUACAUUCACUCGGUCAUGUCCAAGCCCGACCUGUUCUCCCUCGUGGGCCACGUGUCGGUGCUGCACCUGCUGGAGCUCGCCGUGCACGCACCGCCUGCCGUCAAGCCGAUGGCCGAGUACUACAUUCCCCAGUUCACACAGCGCUGGCUCCGCGACAAGCUUGUGGACGUUGUGACGAAGAAGCUCUCGACCAAAGACCUCAUCAACGCCAUCGUCGGACUCUACAGUCUCAAGCGGGCCAACGUCUCGAACGGGCUCGUCGAAGCCAUCGCCGUGCAAAUCGCACAGCACUCGGUCGUCGACCUCCUCGGAUGGGACCCGCGGAGGGAGCUACCCAAUGUCCGGUACUCGAACCUCUGCGGCGGCUGCGGCAUUCGAAAUGACCGUCGUGUUGUCAAGUGCAAGUGUGGUCGGCUCUGCUCGUUUCCGUCACUCUACGAAGGCUUUCGGUCGACGUUUGUGAUCGUCUACCACGCGGAGCAAGUGGGCAUCCCCAUCGGCUGCAGCAUCGUCGACGUGAUCCAGCACUGGCCGGUGCUGCGCAAGUGCUACAUUACCAACCCGGCCUCGGUGCAGGAGAACACUCUCUACGGCGAGCAGCUCAAGAUGAUUUGCUCGCUCUUGGAUCUCCUCAGCAACCACGGAACGCGGCUCUUCCACCCGUCGCUCUUUGAGCUCGAGCACAAGCUCCUCUUCAACGCCGAUAUGCUCCGCAAGUGGAUGAACUCGACCAUGUACGACCAGCUCGGCACGGCGCUGCACUGCAUGCAGCUCUUCUCGGCGACGUCCCCCGCGCACCAGCAAGUGAUUGCGACCUGCCGCACGUUCACGCAUAAAUACGUGGAUAUCCUGCGCUACAAGGCGACCCACUCCUGCGUCAAGGCGCUCAUGUCGCCGAUUGUUUCGGGGUUUGGCCCGAGCCACGUCGACGUCCAUGCGUACCUCCAGCAGUGGACGCCGACGCCGCACAUGACGCCAGCGGGCAUCCCGAUCCAGCACCGCCACUUUGACAAUCUGCGCAAGAUCUACAAGGGCCACUUUGAGAUUGGCAAGCCCGACGACGACGGCAACACGUUCCGCGCCGCCAUCCAGCAGCAUUUGAGCAACCUCCUUCAGAAGACGACCGAGACCGAUCCGGUCGUAACGCCGCGCGGCUGGCAACGCUACACGCGCGACGUCUGGGACCGCGACACGGUCAUCGAGUCGUACAACGUGCUGACCAUGUCGGACCUCUCGAUCUUUGACGGACUCAAGUUUGAGGAUGGUGAGGUGCUCGUUGCGGCCGACGAGGCGGCGGCCAACGCCCAGGACGAUGACCUGCUCAUCAACGACGACGAAGACGACGACGACGACGACAUGAUUGACACGGACAGUGUCAUUUUGGUCGACGACGAUGACGACGACGAAGAGACAAAGACCAACCAUGACGACGACGACGACGAGAACGCGGCGUAA